AUGUCGACGUCCACGAAAUUCCCUUCAACUCUUCUUCACACUCUUAGAACUCAUAGUGGCCCUGUGAAUGCCGUUACAUUCUCCAGUUCGCCAGGAACAUAUCUUUUGACCGGCUCCUCGGACAGAUCUAUCCAUCUAUCUCGCGCGCUGCCACAGUCUUCUCCCUCAUCACCUCAGAUAACAACCUCACCCAUCCAACGAUACGAAGCGCACGGAUACUCAGUGCUAGACAUAACAGUCAGUGCAGAUAAUGCGCGCUUUGCCAGUGUAGGAGGAGACAAACAGGUCUUCUUAUGGGAUGUGGAGACAGGGAGUACUAUAAGAAGAUGGAGUGGCCAUGCCGGACGAGUUGAAGCUGUUGCAUUUGGAGGAGAGGGCGAUUCAGUGGUAAUAUCUGGAAGUGCUGAUUCGGAUGUGAAGAUAUGGGAUACACGAUCCCUAACAUCGAGGCCAAUACAGACACUUACUGAAGCCACCGAUACGGUUUCUUCGGUAUAUGUCCAUAUGUUGACCAGCAGUAUAAUCACAGCCAGCUACGACGGUCGUAUUCGCACAUAUGAUUUAAGAGUUGGCGAGAUGAAGGUGGAUGUCAUGGCCCAUCCUGUUACAAGCAUACAUUGCUCUGCGGAUGGGAAAGCUAUGCUUGCCUCAUGUCUUGAUGGACGAAUACGGAUGGUCGAUCGUGACGAUGGUGCGGUUCUCAAAAGUUUUGGUGAUGGGAAUCCUGAUCCGUCUGAGGAGAAUCGUGGUCCUAUAUACUUUAAUAAGGACUUACGGAUUCGGUCUACCUUUGCUAAGGGAGAUAGUAUAGUUCUGAGUGGCAGUGAGACCCCGGAAACAAGGUCCAGCGGAGGAACUGCCCCGGCAACAAUCUUUGCAUGGGAUGUCUUGACUGGUAAUGUUAUUCGGACUGUGCCUGUGGGCACUAAUAUCAAGGUUGCCAGCUGCGUUGCAUGGAAUGAGAAAUGCUCAUCCUGGGCUGGGGGCUGUUCCGACGUUGCUCUAGGGUAA